ACACCUGGUCCGAAAGGCCCUCCAGGUCCCGACGGACCUCCUGGGCCACCAGGCAAUCCUGGACCUCCUGGACCUCCGGGAGCGGCCGGAAAAGGAGGAGAACGUGGGAUAUGCCCAAAAUAUUGUGCUCUCGAUGGAGGCGUCUUUUUCGAGGAUGGCUCACGUCGUCGUAUGCAUCUUCUCACCUAG